AUGAAGCAGUGGAAGCGGCUGACUGGGCUGGCGGCAAAGGGCAAAGCGGCCGAUGCGCGCACAGCGGAGAGGGCCUCGGGGACGCCGGCAGGCGCGCAGCAGGCGGGCAGAACGGGCAGAAUGAGAAGCAGCAGCGUGGCGGAGGGGAUAAGGGGCAUGGCGGUGACGCAGACAGACUCCAUAGAGGACGAGUUUCAACAGGGCUUGCAGGAGGUGGGGGAGAUGAGGGACAAAUACGAGCGCCUGCUGGCAGCCGUGGCGGACGCACAGGAGAGAGCAGCAGGUGCGCUCUUGGAGUGUGCGGAGGCGCUGCACCAGCUGGCGGCGGUGGUGGCGGACGCCUUUGGCGGAGUGGAGGAGGGCGGCGCCGGGGACACCCUCCUGGCCGCCGCCGCUGUCGAUGGCCGCUUAGCUGAGUUGCUCUACUUCCAUGUGAGCUGCUCUACUUCCAUGGAAUCUGCUUCGCCUUUCAAUUCUUCCACUUCCCUUCUCCCCACUCCCAUCUCACUGCUCACCCCUUUUCCUUGUGUCUGCCAACCCCCCGCCGCCCUCUCGUCUCCCCCAUGGCACAUGCCCACAUGCCCUCAGAGCCUGCACUUGCAGCAGACACUGGCGGAGCCGGCAGAGGCGCUGCCGGGGGAGAUGCAGCACGUGGUGCUGCUGCUGUUCUCACCAGUUGAGGCUGCUGCGCCGGCCACCAGCAGCGCGUGGCUGAGCGGGGCGUGGCUGGCGGCGGGGCGGGUGGUGGGGGCGCUGGAGGCGGGCGUGCUGCUCUUCCUCAUGCACGGCGUCCGCAUGUCCGCCUCCGAGGCCAUGCUGCGCACCGCUCUCAUCGCUGCCAUCCUCGCUGGCGCUGACGUGGCAGUCAAGGUGAGGUGUGGAAGCAGCAGCAUGUCCCGCAUGGCCAACUGUCAGAAUUAUAGGCAGGAAUGA